AGCCAGGGUUAUGAGCUAUCAAAUGCAAUUACAUUAAGACAGAUUAUACUGGGCAAAUUGAGCCAUUUAGAAGGUGAGAAUCAAAGAAACGGCUCUGAUCCUCUCUUCCCUGUUCUCUCUCCCUCUCCCCCCCUCUUUAAAUUGCAGUUCGUAGUUCCUUGCAAUUCUGAGGCACAAAAGUAGGUGAGACUGCUUUUGUAUCUGCGAAGUGCUUCACUCCUGAAUGUAAUUCUAGCUGAGUGCAAUCUAGGUUAAGAGCCGGACAAGCGGGUAAUUAGAGCCCGCUCGCUGCCCGAGGACCCGCCGCCCCGCCGAAGCGCGCCCCGAGUCGGCGCCCUUCUCCCGGCCGAGCCGAGCUGCGGCUGGACACGGAGCGCCCGAGAUGAUGGUGCUGGACAAGGAGGACGGCGUGCCGAUGCUCUCCGUCCAGCCCAAAGGGAAGCAGAAGGGCUGUGCGGGCUGCAACCGCAAGAUCAAGGACCGCUACCUGCUGAAGGCACUGGACAAGUACUGGCACGAGGACUGUCUCAAGUGUGCCUGCUGUGACUGCCGCCUGGGCGAGGUGGGCUCCACCCUCUACACCAAGGCCAACCUCAUCCUGUGCCGACGCGACUAUCUGAGGCUUUUUGGCACCACAGGAAACUGCGCCGCCUGCAGCAAGCUGAUCCCAGCCUUCGAGAUGGUGAUGCGGGCCCGGGACAACGUAUAUCACCUCGACUGCUUCGCCUGCCAGCUCUGCAACCAGAGAUUUUGUGUGGGAGACAAGUUCUUCCUGAAGAACAACAUGAUCUUGUGUCAGAUGGACUAUGAGGAGGGACAGCUCAAUGGCACCUUUGAAUCCCAGGUUCAGUAAUGCCCGGCGCCUGGCCUCCAGGCCCGUCUGUCCGUCUGCCUGUCUGCCCGUCUGUCCACCCGCCUGGCCGGCCAGCCACUCUCCUGC